AUGUUUGUGCUGCUGUCGGACCCUGACGCCGAGCUGUCCAACUGGCCACUGGAGCUGGUGGCGCUCCGGGAGAAGAUCCACGGGGACGUGGCUAGAGUGCAGACGGACAAAGAGUUGUCGAGCCUGCGUGACGACGUGUCGGCGGGCGAGGCGGAUAAAUGGCGGCAACGUCGGAACAACAGUUUCGACCAGAACCGCCAGCUCGAGGAGGUCACUAAAGAGAGGGACGCGCUGCAGCGGCUGGCGGGCGCGCUGCAGCACGCGGUGUCGCAGCUGGUGGCGUACUGCGCCAGCGCAGAGGACGAGCUCAACCGCACCGUACUGGCCCACCUGCUGCCUACGCUGCAAGCGCAACAAUCAUUCUGUGAAGAGUCUCGUGCAUCCCUUAACUGCAGCGUUGAGCUGGACAGCAGCUUGGUGUCGCGUGGGCGUCACGUGCACUUCGCGCCGGAGCUACAGUCCAUCCUCGCGGCGCUGGACGAGCAGGGAGCUGCAGGGUUCCUGCAGGAGCAACGGGACCUCAGCGCGGACAUCAAGCGCGAGCUGGAGUACGCGCUGCUGCGGCUGCGACACGAGGCGCACGAGCUGCUCGACCUGUCGGCCCGUCUCGCUAACAAAGGCCAACCCCAGACAAAUAUGUUGGAAUCGAGUCAAGUGGAAAUAACAGAGCUACAACAAGAUUCGGACACCAAGCAGAAAUCCUGUGAUAAUUGUGAAUUGCUCAAAAAGACGAUGGAGGAGACAACGGCAGAGUGCCUGCAGCGCGAAAACCUGCUGCGCUCUGACCUGGACGAUGCCAUGAUGAAGAUCGCCCAGCUGAUGACCGACCGCGGAGAUUCCACUGACGUCAUAGUCGAAGGGUAUGGCACAUGCGGUGUUACUGUGCGGCGGACUGGCUGCAGGUCGCUGGACGAGGUGUCGCCGCGCUCGCAGAUGCACGCGCUGGCCCGCGACCUGGAGCUGCUGCAGCGCGACCGCGACGACCUGCACCAGCAGCUGGAGGCGGCCAACCGGCAGCUGCGCUCGACGCGGCAGUUCGUGGAGGAGCAGGCAGCCGAGCGCGAGCACGAACGCGACGAGUUCGCGCGCCGGCUACAAGACCUGCGCGAUGAGAACGUGCGGCUCACAGCCCGCUUGCAGUCCAGCGCCAGGAUCCUCUCAGAGAUGCACGGGCUACGUACGCACGCUCGAUGUCCAAGCGCCACGCACGUAGAACAAUUGGAAGCGCAAACAAGAGAAAUGAACCAAAUAAUAACAGAUUUAGAAACGAGAAAGGCCGCUACUGACGAGGAGCUAAAAUCCUCAGAGGAGAAGAUAACACUUCUUCGAGAUAUUAUCGCUAGUUUGGAGGGCCAGUUAGAACAGAAAGUAAAAAGAGAAGCGGAGAUUAUAGAACAGUUGGAGAGCAUGAAGAAGACGAUAGACGAAAGAGACAGCAAGAUGAGAGCGUUGCUUGGCGAAUUAGAAUCGUUAAGGAGUGAAAAGGCGGACCAGACUGAGGUGACUAUUUGCGAAAACUGCGCACAAGAGGAGAGCAAAUAUGAAGAACUGCUGGAGAAAGUUCAAGAGCAGUGUGGCUGGCUGACGGCGGAGGUGGAGGGGCGCAGGCGCGCGCUGCAGGCGGCGCACGAGCUGGCCGACACCUCGUCGCACAGCGAGGAGCUGUCGCUGCGCGACUGCAGGCACGCGCCGCUGCAGGAUGAGGAGCUGGAGAAGAUGGAGAGUGUGGAGUGGUUGUGUCCGGUGGUGGAGGUGCGCGAGGCGCUGCGCGCGCUGGCCCGCGCGGAGGACGCGGCGCUCAAGCGCCUGGCCGACCUUCGCGUGCAGCGCGACCGCCUCAGCCGAGUAGCACAGGUAUCACUCCACCUCCUAGCUCUAGCGGAACUCUGUACUACCCACUUAGGUGUGUUAGAGAUCACAUUUACUGCCUAUGUAAUCACACAACAAGCCUAA